GGAAUCAGCUCGGUAAGAUUGGUUCGCGCCCACAUCACCAGCUCAGAUAGCAGCUUUCCGUCGCUUGGUCGAGGUUGAGGCUCGUCGCCUCAACCAUGUUCACCAUGACGGUACUUGUGCAGAGGCUCCGGCCUGCCGCCACGAAGGGGCCGCAGCUCCUAGCAAGCACGCGCCAUUCACCUUGUAGCAUUGCUGCCCGGCCCCCUCCAUGCGCUGCCGCAUUGCCGAGCACGCUCUCCCGACCCUUCUCCGCCCUCCGCCCUCUACCCCGGCCCGGCCGCGCCUCCCCACGCCCGGCCUCAGUGGCGGUGGCGGCAUGUCUUCCCUAUCAAUGGACCACCGCCGCCCCCUUCUCGACCACGAUGCCGCGGCGGCUCCUGGACCCCCGCGACCCUCGCGUGCAAGACAUGAUGCGCCGCAAGUCCGUCCCUCUCUUCUCGAGCACGCGGGCUAAGCGGAUCGCGCGGGCGCCCUCGACACAUGUGAUAGUGGUCAUCGCCUUCGCCGGCGCCAUCGCCUUUUACUACAUCAACCUCGAGACUGUUCCUGUGUCGGGGCGGCAGCGCUUCAACUGCUUCAGCGACGAAUGGGUCCGGCGGGCUAGCGAGGCCGAGUCGCAGCAGCUGCUAAACGAGUUCAAGUACCACAACAUACACAUGCUACCCGAAUGGGACUGGCGCGUCCGCGCCGUGCGCCGGGUCAUGUCCAGGCUGAUCCCCGUGAGCGGCAUGGAUGGCGCGGAGUGGGAGAUGUUUGUCAUUGAUGAUCCUAACACGGCCAACGCCUUCGUCCUGCCCAACGGCAAGGUCUUUGUCCAUAGCGGCCUGUUCAAGUACGCGCGCAACGACGAUGCUCUGGCCGUGGUGAUGGGUCAUGAGAUUGCGCACAACCUGGCCGGCCACGUGUCGGAGAAGAUGUCGAAUGGAAUUGGCACCAACCUCGUGUACUGGAGCACCAUACUGCUUGCGUACGCCACGGGCGCUAUUCUCAUCUUUGAGUUCUUUGGUGGCGGCCGCAUGCUGCGUGGCGUGCUGGACAACCCCAUGAGUCGAAUGCAAGAGAGCGAGGCCGACCAUAUUGGCCUCAUAAUGAUGGCUGAGGCUUGCUACAAUCCCGAGGAAGCAAUAAACUUCUGGGGCAGGAUGCAGGAGCAACAGGUGCCGGAAUGGCUGAGCACUCAUCCGUCGAACGAAUCUCGCAUAGGGAACCUUCGCAAAUGGAUGCCCAUGGCGCAGGACAAGAGAAUGGAAAGCGAUUGUCACGGCACACAGGGCUUCGCCGAUAUGUUCAAGCGCGCAUUGCAGAGAGGGGAGAUAAUUGCCAUUUAUGGAUAGACAGACCAUCCCGCUUUGCUGUUAAGAGUUUGCGAGAUAUAUUAGAUGCAUCAUCCGUC